AUGGCUUGUGCUGCUGCUGAAUGUGUUUGCGCUAAGAGAUCUACUUGCUCCUGCGGUAAGCAGGCUGCCCUUCACUGCAACUGUGAGAAGGCCCCUGUCGAGAACGCCGUCCCCCCUACUGAAUCUGCUUGUGCUUGUGGCAAGAGAUUGAAGAGCCUGUGUAACUGCGGUGUUGCUGAAAACGCUUGUCACAGAGAAGGUGAGACUGACUUCACUGGUACCAUAGAAGUUCUCAAGCUUUACAGAUCUUGCAUGAGGGCUGUGAGGACAAAGCCUGUGGAAAACCAGGAGCAUUGGCGGUUGUAUGUUCGUGAGGAAUUUGGUAAGCACCGCAAGCUCCCGAAGAAGUCUUUCUCAGUCAUAGAGCAUCUACUUCGAGUUGGUCACCGUCGCUACGAGAUGUACUCGAAUCCAAAUAUCAAAGACAUCCAUUAA